AUUUUUUUAAUUUAUUAUUUGCUUAUGGCCAAAUGGUGUAUUAGCGAUAACAACUACCGUUAAGUAGCUUUAGGCAGCAAAAGUCAGCCUCACACAGGCGCACCCACAACAAAAUAUCGAUAAGUUUAUAUUUCGGUUGUUGUUAUUGUUUUGUGUUCUCGUUUUCGUUGUGUGUAUGUGUUUCUUCUCCCCUCUACACUUCGUGUAACGUGUGCAAAAAAAAAUUAGUUAAAUGAAAGUUGUAAAGGACAAAUAAACAAUAACAACAACAAAAUGCUUCAGGAUAAACAAAAAGAAGCAGACGAUAAUGCGGAUUAUGAUAAUAAUGGAUGUCAUUGCAGACUCUUUCUUUACAUUGCCAAGGCUGUGAAACAAUUUAUUGAUCUCUGCAACAAUCUGGGCACAACAUGGACCUCCACACCAACUGCAACAACAACAGCGGCCGCAGCAGGACCUUCCUCGAACAACACACAGUUUGCAACAACAACAACACAAGCAGCAGCAGCAGCAACAACAACAGUCGCUGCCGGAAGUCCAAAUUCUCCGCCCAUUAGGCGAAACAUUUCACACAGCACGGCUGUUAAGUUCUUGUAUGCCCGAAAAUUUGAUGUUGAGCGGGCGGUUUCGCUUUAUGAGCAACAUGAACAGAUACGCCAAAAGGAAUAUCUAUUUAAUAUUAACCCGGAUGUGGAACCGUUGCGUUCUGAGCUUCAAACUGGCAAAUUUACAAUACUGCCUGCGCGCACAUUAAGUGGCGCCGCUAUUGCGCUCUUCACAGCCAAUCGUCACAGUCCAUUGAGCGUAUCGCAUACGACCACAUUGCAGGGUAUUGUCUAUCAGUUGGACUGCGCCCUGCAAAAUCCGGAGACGCAGAAGGCUGGACUGGUCUUUAUAUACGAUAUGAGUGGCUCAAAGUAUUCAAAUUUCGAUUACGAUUUGUCGCAGAAGAUUCUGACUUUAUUGAAGGGUGGCUAUCCGGCACGUCUGAAGAAAGUGUUAAUUGUGACGGCGCCGCUGUGGUUUAAGGCGCCGUUCAAAAUACUGCGCCUCUUUGUACGGGAAAAGCUGCGCGAACGCGUUUUUACCGUUUCGGUGCCGCAGCUCGUUUGGCACGUGCCUCACAAGGCGCUCCCUUUGCAUUUGGGUGGCACACUGGAAAUCGAUCACGCCACAUGGUUGCUAACUUGCCGCCAAUCGAUGACGAAUCGUGAAGACGAACUGCUUGCCAAUAUUGUGGGUGUCGGUGUCGGUGGUGCGGUGGCGCCCGCAACGACGUCGACAGUAAGCAACGGCAGUGCUGCCAAUGCUAGUGCAGCCUCAGCGGCAACAACAACAACAGGGACGACGGCAACAGCAACGACAAUAAUUAGUGCAGUCCAUCAACUGACUGAUAACAACACGACCGUCGUUACGGUCAGCGACAAUUCGACGGCAGUGGUUGGUGGUGCAGCAGCGACAACGACAGCAACGAGUGGUGGCAACAAACAAACAAACGGUACGGCCGAAGAAACAAACGAGAACAUCACAAUUAACGGACUGAGUCCGAGUCAUCAUCGUGCCACAACCAAUACGCUCAGAUUAAAUACCAGCGGCAUACCACAGAGCAACGGGACCGGGGGCGACACUGUGUCUGCCAUAGCAGUGGCAGCGGCGGCGCAAACAAGUGGAACUGUUGGUGCAACUGUGGCGCUUAACGGUGGCAGUGGUGGUGCCAACAAUGGCAGCGGUGGCGGUGAAUUCUGGUCUGAGAAUCCACCAAGUAGUGCUUCCUCUGGCUUCAGUGAUGACGACAGUCUGGCCGGCCAAGAGGGUGAUCCAAAAACAAUUAAUCAAAUCGCUGAAAUGGUCAAGGAGCGCGGUCGUGCGGGUUUAUGUAGAGAGUAUGGCGAUAUAAGGAAUCGUGCUCCCGAUGGCACAUUCUCGCAUGCGCGCAUGCGCAGCAAUGUAACCAAAAAUCGAUAUACAGAUGUCCUUUGCUAUGAUCAUAGUCGCGUGGUCCUGGCGAACGAAGGCGAUGACCCAUCCGAUUACAUAAAUGCGAAUUUUGUCGAUGGUUACAAACAGAAGAAUGCAUAUAUUUCAACUCAAGGUCCACUACCAAAGACAUCCCUGGACUUUUGGCGCAUGAUCUGGGAACAACAGUGCUUAGUUAUAGUUAUGACAACGCGCGUUAUGGAACGUGGGCGUGUUAAGUGCGGCCAAUACUGGGAGCCGACUGAAGAUAGUUCCUUAGAGUUUGGAAAUUACCAUGUGCGAACAAUUAGCGUCGAGUGCAAUGAAGAUUAUACGGUUGCCUCGUUAGAAUUGAGAAACAUAAAGACUGACGAAAUCCGCAAUGUCUCACAUUGGCAAUUCACCAGCUGGCCGGAUUACGGCGUUCCCAGCUCGGCAAUGGCAAUGCUGAACUUUUUGCAAAAGGUGCGCGAUAAGCAAGCGCAAAUGGUUCGCGCCCUUGGCGAUACCUGGGCGGGUCAUGCGCGUGGUCCGCCCAUUGUGGUGCACUGCAGUGCGGGCAUUGGACGCACAGGCACUUUCAUCACGCUGGACAUUUGCAUAUCGCGGCUGGAGGAUGUGGGCACGGCUGACAUUCGGGGUACCGUUGAGAAGAUUCGAUCCCAGCGCGCCUAUUCAAUACAAAUGCCCGAUCAGUAUGUUUUCUGCCAUCUGGCCCUCAUCGAGUACGCCCUUUCACGGGGCAUGCUUCAGUCGGUGGAUUUGGCAGGCUUUGAUGACCGGGAACAGGACUCGGAGUAAGGAAGAACUGUUGGAGUCGUUGCUGCUUCGGCUUCUGCCACAAUGUACAGUUAUUGGCGGCACCACUGACCACCACCACAACAGCAACAACAACAACAGCAACAAAAACCAACCAACCAACAAUAACAAAUUGUAUACACAUACAUGCGUCUUAUGUAUUUGCUUUUAAAUUCGUUUUUUUUUUUCUUACUAAAUGUUCGCCUGUCUGUUUUUAUAUUUUAAAUAUUUAAAUAUUAUAAUUUGCUGUAGAAACUUUAAUAAAAUCUUGUGUAACUGUG